AUGUGUAAUGGCUCUGUGCUGCCUGCCCCGUGGCUCCCGCUGCUCGCCGCCCCCUGCCCCCUCCAGCUGCCCGCCUUCCUCGCUGCCCUUCGCGCCCAGCUCGCCCCAGAAGCCCCAGAAGCCCCAGAAGCCCCAGACCGCCCAGAAACCGCACCGCAUCAGCUCGUAGUCCGCAAUACCCAGCUCGACCUUGUGGACGUCUCUUUACGUUUCAGCCCACCCCACAGCACGACCGGGGCCACGCUACAUCAUGCUAUACACUUCUACAGCGCUCCCGACCACGACAUAGCAGUGAUCGUCCUCACGCCACGUGCACCUGUCACCAAAGCCUCCGAUUCGCCAUUCUGUCCUCGCAUACAAAAGCUAGCCUAUGUCUGGGAGCCUUGGCAAAAUGCGCAACAGGGUGAUAGCAUCCCGACAACAACGUUUGACCAUGCUGUACCCUGUGGUCGCGUCUCGAUCCACUACGUCCCCUUUCCCACAAGUCCCCCUCGUUCCCAUUCGCCUCCUCCCCCCUCGUUUCUCGCCCCUCGGGGGGCUCACCCGGCACUUGCAAGUAUUGCCUCACGCUUGAGCAGCAAGCCAAAGAGAAGCUCGCCUCUGGCUAGCACAUCUUCUAUUUCUUCUAUUUCUGUUAACGACCAUAACGACCUUCGGCCGCCUCCACCGAAUAAAUCCGACGAUAAAAGCGACAAUCGCUUCGAGGGCAAAGAUGAUAGGCCAUCCCUCUAUCAGCACUGCGAGGAACAUCUAGGCAGGCUUUUCCGCCAGGCCCAAGACGAAACACUAUCAAGCGAUCCAUGGGCGAUCCUGUCGAUACUGUCGAUCCCGCUCUCGUUAUCAUCCAAAGCUCCGGUUUCUACGCAUGAUUCAUUAUUGCACUAUGACGCCAAAGUUCUCGACUUUUCUGCGCUUUACCUCAUCCUGAAAGAACGUCACAGACACCUCGCAAAGAAGAAGUCCUCCUUCCCUCUCGAUCAACUACGCACCUCUUCCCGCUCCUUAUCGCACCAUCCGGAUGAUUCUGCUUUGCCAGACGACCUCGCAGAAUGGGGCCAGCAUGAUAUCGCAGCCGCUGCGUUCCUCAUGAUCAUGUGGAGAGACCUGUACCCGCGGGGCGAUAACGAUAAGGAUGGUGCAUGUGGAGGUGGAGCGGGAGGCCCAAGACGGGCCUGGGAUACUUGGGGGCGGCCGAAAGCUGGCUUCGUCGACCUUGGCUGUGGUAAUGGGCUGCUUGUGCAUAUCCUCGCUUCGGAAGGGUAUCAAGGUGUAGGAUAUGAUUUACGUCCACGCCAAGCCUGGUCUUCAUACCCCUCAAGCACCCAAGCUAGGCUCCACUCUCUCGAGAUUGAUCCUCCCGCUUGGUUUCCUGCGACUUUGGACGAGUGGAAGUCGGGAGGGUGGAGUGGGAGUGUGGUAAGAGAUGACAGUUUUCUAAUAGGCAAUCAUGCGGACCAGUUGACUCCAUGGAUCCCUCUCUUCUCCCUCCUUCCCAAGACUCCCAUCCCAUUCCUUUCCUUCCCCUGCUGUCUCCAUCUCUUCUCCCCAUCUGCCAUGUUUACUGACUGCACUUACGACCCUCCUGUUCACCCCCAUUCACCACAGGAAUGGUUACCUCUCGUUAAUGGGGAGCAAGAGAAGCACGGCGUAUAUUCUAGUUAUGUCAAGUGGCUUGGGUGGGUGGGAUUAAAGGCGGGCUGGGAGUGGGAGGUGGAGAGUGUUAGAGGGGAGGGGGUGAAGGGGUAUGGCAUUGUUGGUAAUCGUCGGUGGACCGAGAGUGCGGAUCAAGAUGAUGCUUCUAGAGCUUGGGCUUUGGAGCAGGUUCAAAGUGUUCGGAAGGGUGCUACGAAAACGAAUGCAGACAAGUAG